AUGCGCGAGCGCUCGACCACCAAGUUAAAGGUCGUCCUACUCGGCGAAGGUCGCGUGGGCAAAACGUCGAUCCUCGUGCGGUACAUCAAAGGCGAGUAUGACGAACGACAGGAUUCGACGUUGCAGGCGUCGUACUUGGACAAGCGCCUGCUUGUGGACAAUUGCCGCGUGGCGCUGUCGCUAUGGGACACGGCGGGCCAAGAGCGGUUCCAUGCGCUGGGCCCCAUUUACUACCGCGACGCCGACGGCGCGUUGCUCGUGUACGACAUUACGGACGUCGAGUCGUUCCACAAGGUCCGGACGUGGGUGCGCGAGCUGCGACGCAUUGUGGGUGACGACAUUUCCAUUUGCAUUGCAGGCAACAAGAGCGACCUGCAUCGCAAUCGAAAAGUCUCGGAGGAAGACGCCAAGCGAUACGCGGCGUCUGUAGGCGCUGCUCACUUUGACACGUCGGCCAAGCUGAACCGCGGACUCGAGGACGUGUUUGUGGAGCUCACACGUCGCAUGUUGAGUCGCACGGGGGGCAAAAAGAAGAAGAGCAGUGCGUUGAUUGCGGAUGAUGAAGAGGAGGACGAAGAAGAAGAUGGAGAUGACGAGCCAUUGGCUCGACCUCCAGCGAGCAAGGAGCAGCUCCAAGCAAAGAAAACUACACAGGUGCCGACGCAGACGCAUCAGAGACAGGUGAGCAGGACAGAGGAGCUAUCAAGAAGCCGUGGGGGUGGCGCCUCACGGGGGCAUGGUGCUCAGGUGGUCGAGGACAAGGGGCCCACAUCGAGUGCUCCGAGAAGUACGGGACUGAGGGUGAGGGGAGCCACGCACGUGGACAUUGGCAAAGACAAGAGCAGCUGCUGCUGA